AUGAGCGACGACGCAUGGGCAAUUCCGGGCUUUGGUGCCCCCAGAGCCCAACGGGAAGAAGCGCUUGAGCGCCUGGACACUGUGGUUGGAGAACACGUAACGUUAUGCUUACAAGCCAGCGCCAUCAGCUCCUGGCAGGUUGUGCAGCCCAAGCAUCUUUCGCCCUCAAUCAACAUCAUCGAGCAAGAGCGCAUGAUGUAUCAAGGUCUCAAGCAGCAGAGGCAAGGUGAAAUCGAGACAUCACGAUCUCGGCUGGAUCUUUAUUUCGCAUGGCUCUGGAAACUUGAGGACGAUGUGAUGGGUUAUGUCAUCAGAGUCACAGACAGACUGCACAAGGACAUCAGAACGCACCGAGAAGCAUACAAGCCCGUGGACAGGGACCAAAGAGCCAGGAAUGUCCGCAACAAAUUACAAAUCCCUGAAAAGCAGCUGGAGGGUAAGAAUAACCUCAGCUGCGGCUGGGCGGAAGACAAGUACUCAAAGAAAUACACAGAGAUCCAUGCACAAAUCUCGACGCGGCUUCUUGAAAUGCAGGCUGAGAUCGCAAGCGCAGACGCCUUGCUCAAGAGGCCCAAGAAUUUUCCGACGAGCAGCAACGGUUGGCGACAGAACGAGAAGAAGAGAACAAGCGGAGGGAGGAGGAACGACUGGUCGAAGAAGCGGCUCGAGCGCUAA